ACAAUUACUUUUGACUUUCGGACAUAAAUUCAGUGUAAUCUUAAGUGAAAUUGUUGAAACAAUUUGUUGUUUGUGCAAAAAAAAAAUUAGGGGAUUUCAAGAAGUUGUCUUGCGGUGUCGAUUUAGUUUAGUGAUCUCUGUAACAUUUGUGACUGUGUUGAUGAGUGUGGUACCCUGAUGUUCCCGCCACCGAUUACUCUGCUGGAUUUGUAAAUAAGUUUGGCAGUUCCUUCUGCUCGGAAUAACAAUUUUCUUACAUUUCGGCCCGUAUUUCCAAAUUAAAGAUCUUUCCAAAUCGUCAAUAUGGUCGUUACCACUGUGGCCUUUCCGCAAAAGAAAACUGGUCGUAUAGUACCUCCCAAAAGUACCAAAGUUGUCGAUAAGACUCGAUCCGGUUCCGCGCUUCUAUCGACUGAUAAGCGGAAAGGGCCGAUGAGCGUUGGAAUCAAACGGUCCGCAGCCGGGGCACUAACGAGUCUAAGCGGACCGAUAGCCGGCGAUCCGGUGGGCCUUGGCCUGGUCACUGGAAUGGAUAGGAAUGGUUUCCCGCAGCACAAUGCGGCCGCAAAGGCACAAGCGACAGCAACCCGUCCAGCGGCACCGAUCCCGCCGCCACGCUCAUACCGCCGGGCAGGGACAGCAGCAGCAGCCGCCUUUGCAGGAGGAGCCGCUUCUGCCGCCGCUCAACUUGCUGCCAAGGUGCCUGGUGCCCCAGUCGUCGGAUUGGUCUCGCACACCGGAAGCAGCAACGUAACCCAACCUUCGUUAGCCAGCAAGAAGAGCUCCCUGGUCAGCCGUAAGGUUGGAGGAGGCAAGGACACAGAUUCUAGCAUCAAGCGGCGCGUAAAGUUCUCGGCCAAUGUGCACACAUUCCCGUCCCUUACAAACACCAAGAAGUCCACCCGGAUUGGUGAGCUGCAGCUGAAAAAGAAGGUCAAGAAGCUGAAGCGGAUUCGAUCGCGUCGGGAGGGCGGAACUGGUGAGACGGCGAGUGAGCUCCUAAACUCAAGCGGGAUAGCCCCAAAUAACCAGGACAUUUACAAACACGGUGCCAUCGUUGAUGUGGAAUCCGUAAAAGCACCAGAACCACCACGUGUUCUGCGCCUAAACGUUGUGGGCAAAUCGUCGCCGGCAACGGGAAAGUCUGCAUUAGUAACAGCGCUGCGACGUAAGGCUAAGAGAACAGCAGCACAGGAAGAAAAGUCCACCGAAUCGGUAACUACUACAGGUAGCCGGACCGGAAAGCCCAAGACAAAGACGAUCAGGAAAAGUGGUGGUAGCAGCGCAAAGACACUGCUCGCAUCCAGCUCUCAUUUGGUGGACAGCAGUGCGGGCUUAGCGGGGAGGAAGAAACCAGCAGCGGCGGCAACGGCCAGUCAGCGGAGUAGUCUAAUACAAAAACAGAAUGGGCGGCGAGUCUAUGGAAAAGUCUGA